AUGAUGAGGAGAGGCUUCCAGAUGGCAGCAAGACUAGGCCACCACAGAGCCCUGCUCGGUGCCCACCGAAUCCUGCCCAGACACCACCCUGCUUCAGCUUUUGGAUCCUCCACGGAUGUCCUGGUCUCCAGAUUCUGUCCAAAGAAGACAGACUUCAAGGAUUUUGCCCUCCCCAAUGCUAGCUGGUGUCCAGACAUGCUAAGCACGUACCAGGAAUUUCUAGAGAAGACGAAGGCCAACGGCUGGAUCAAGCUGCCCUCCUUCAAGUCCAACAGAGAGCACAUCCAGGGGCUUAAGCUUCCGUUUGGGUUAGAAGUCACCUCCGACAAAAAAGACUGGCGCAUUUUCACCAGGUGCAUCCAAGUGGAAGGACAAGGAUAUGAGUAUGUCAUCUUUUUCCACCCGUCCCAGAAAAAGUCCGUCUGUCUUUUCCAACCAGGCCCCUACUUGGAAGGAGCCCCAGGGUAA